GGGGCGGUCGACUCUUGCCGAGUCUUAUUGCGAGAUGGCGGGAACAUCCCGCACGUGUGUUUUGACGUAUGUCAAUCAGAAAGUCGAAAUUUUAUCGAACUGUGUGCGUUUUCCGCGCACCAAACACGUCUAAAAUGCCAACCAAGAGAUCAGAAAUACCGGUCGGGGUUGUAAGUGCCGAUUCUGGGGGGUUUCCAGCAAUGUAAAGCCGUUUUUUAUCACUUGCAAGGGUGGGAUGCAUGCAUUAGGUUUUUUAAAAAGCACGCAACAGGAAUUGUAUGAAUUGUACCUUUAGAGUGUGUGCGCAAUGAGCUCUGUUUAAGCACAGUACUUUUUUCGAGACGCUAUGUAUUGCCGUUCUUACGUGCAAGAAAUUUUUCAUUGAUAGAGUGGCAUUUUUCUCCAAAUGUGGCAAAAUGGAAACAAAUGUUCUUUCAAAAUGGUGUCGGAUAUGUUCUUCUGAAUUCAACACCGGGAUUUUCCUCUUUGGAGAAGAGGCUAGAAGGUUGUUUCUCCAUGCGAAAAUCCGAAGAUAUCUAGCACUUACAAUCUCAAUUGAAGACAAAUUACCAAAAAUGAUCUGCGAAGAUUGUUACAAGAAACUCGACGGUUUUCACAGAUUUGCCACAAUGGCACUCAGAAAUCAAGACAAAAUGACCAAAUUCGUCUGCACAACCACUAAUAACAACCACGAGCAAAAAAAUUUAGAAAACAAGUCACUUCUUCACACGUAUCUUACUAAAGGAAUUAAAGAAAAAGAGACACAAGAAUCAGAAAUAACUGAAAUGGAAGUCCGAGUUGACCCCAUGAUCAUCCUUCAGUGCUCCCUUGAAACCGAAGACGAUGACGAAGACAACCAAAGUGAGGAAGUUUCCGACAGUGAAGACAAAUACCGGAAACCAUAUCUUUGCCCCUCAUGUCCCCGAAGCUUCACUUCGGAAUUAGCCCUCCAAAACCACACUUGGAACCACUCACCCCCCAUCAAACGUAUACUCAAUAGCCACGACAAUUGGUUAGAAACAGAAGAAAAAGAGACUGAAGAAAAUGAUGCUUCCACAAACAACGACGAUGAUGACAACAUUGAGGAGUUCGCAAUUUCGCGAUUUUCGUGCCCCAUUUGUGGUAAAGAAAUCUCGACCAAAGGGAACCUUAAGGUUCAUCUUGAAACGCACAGACCUAAAGGGAAAUACGGUUGCGAUAUUUGUGGUCGAAUAUUUAAGACUCAGUGUAAUUUAUACCGGCACAAGGAAUACCAUGGUGGGAUUCAAUACCCGUGUGGGGUUUGCGGCCGUGUGUACCCCACAAAUAGCACCUUGCGGGCCCAUUCUAUCACUCAUAGUGAUCUGAGACCCCAUAAAUGCCCCUUGUGUGACAAAACAUUCAAACGGAAUCAAGAUUUAAAGUUUCAUAUAAAUCAACAUACUGGUGCUAGGCCGUAUCAAUGUCCAUACUGUCCUAAGGCUUUCGCUAGUUCUGGCAAUUGUUUCUCUCACCGGAAACGGAUGCACCCCAUUGAAGUCGAAAGGGAUAGGGAAAGAGCAGCGAAAAUUAUGCGAUAAUUUUGAAUUUUCUUGCUUUCCCGCCUGAUGACGUCAACAAGUGAGGUUAUGUUCUAUGUUCAGGUGUACUAUUAUAUAUGUGUAUAGAUAACCGGAUGUCAUAUUCAAAAUUAUAGAAACUCUACUUUCGUGUUAAAUCAUUUAAACUUAUUUUUGGUUGCUAAAAAUUAAGCCUUUUAUAACUUUGUGUAGGUUUAGAUAUAAAUACCAUUAUUUUGGAUAUAACCCCACUUGGUACAUUUUCUUUCGUAUUAUACUUAUUAGUAGAUCAACUGUGAUGAAUUUUGUAUACGAUUUUUUAUUUUUACUGAAAAUUAUGUCUAGACAUAAAAUAUGGAUGUCUCAAGGUGUAUGGUAGAAAAAUUAAUGUCAUUAUUUAGAGCAAUAAUUAUUUCUUUGGAGGAGAGUCACAGUACUGACAAAAUAAAGUGACAAGGAACAACUUUUAGUUAUAGUAAACCAAUGGCUGAUAAUUACAGUAUUAUAUUGUAAUAUUAGAUAAACGUGUAAAUAAAGUUGUUGAAUAAAGGAUUUUAAAAUGAA